GAUGUUCGUUUGGUCGAUGGUACAGAUUCUAUCCUGCAAGGCCGAGUGGAAGUGUUUUACAAUGGAACCUGGGGAACAGUGUGUGAUGGCUUGUGGGACCUCACAGAUGCUAACGUAGUUUGCAGAGAACUUGGAUUUGAAGGAGCUGUAAAAGCACACGUGUUUGCGACUUUUGGGCAAGGAAAUGGAACAAUAUGGAUGGAUGACGUAAGGUGUACUGGUAAUGAAAGAUCAUUGACAGAGUGUCGUCACAACGGCUGGGGAAAACACAACUGUGAUCAUAGAGAAGACGCAGGUGUAGUUUGUUCUUCAGGUAAGAAAAAAGGCCGUUUUGUGAAUGAAACCAUACGCAAUAGCUAGGGUUGCCGCGGCAAGAAAUUUUGGACCACGCAAUGCACCGUGUUUUUUUUACUGGCUAGUGUAACUAAUUUAUUACAGGUUUCAGUUUUCAUGUUGUAAAAUGUAAUUGAUUACUUACAUCAUUAUCAUUGUUAUUAUUAUUAUUAUGCGGACUCGUAUAGAGAUCUUAGCCCCAAGCAAAUUUACAGGAUUCAUGAAAAUGAAAAGAAGGGAAAAUACAACCCUCGCGUCACAGAAAUAGAGCAAGGCACAUUCACCCCACUGGUAUUUAAAACGACGGGAGGGAUGGCUGACGAAUGCCUGAGAUACCACUCAAGAUUAGCCGAGCUAUUAUCUGCAAAAAAGCAAGAGAGCUACGCCACAACAAUUUCAUGGGUCAGGGCGAAAGUGUCCUUUGCAAUUUUUCGGAGCGCGCUCCUAUGCCUAAGGGGUUCGAGAACUCCGAGAAGGAGGAACUUAGAUGUUAAGGACAGGGAUCUAGAAAUAGAGAAGGGUCAAGCAGGACUUCCCUAGACUCAACAGCUAUAGAUAUUUUAUUAUUGGGAUGUACAUAGAAGUUUUCAUUUUUUAGUUUAUAGACAGUUGUUUACAUUUGCUCUGUUGAAAACCACCGGACCACCAAGAAGUCUUUUUUAACUAUAGUUAUACUAAAUUUGUAUUUAAUUUUCAAUUUGAGAAGAGUAAUAAAGUAUGUUUUUUUGUUUAUUAUAUUAUUAUAUUAUUAUUAUUAUUAUUAUUGUUAUUAUUGAUGUUCAUAAGUUACAAAUUAAAUUAAAUUAAAACAUAUAUGUACCAACAAAACAUCCUCUGCUCAUUUACAACUAGAAAGCAAUUAAGAAAAGGAAAGGAAAAGAAAGAUAGAUCUAUAAAAGUGACACGAGAAGAUGGACUGAAGUUAGUACAAUACAACGUCACAAAAUAUACAAACUUAUUUACAUUCUUGUCAUCUUGCUUAGUUUAUUGCCCCCGCAGGAUUCCGGCACAGAGGCCGGGACCCGAGGAGGGAACCUAAAUUCCCCCGCUUAAGAAAGUAUCGUUUAUUUCGUUGCAUUAAUGAUAUGCCAAAUCUUCUCGAUUUGAAGAAACUAGGCGCGCAAGGUGGUGCCGGUUAAUUUUUCAGCAUGCGCGCAAGGCGGUUCUGGGUAAUUCUGGUUUAGCAAUCGCGCAAGGUGUUAUUGGGAAAUUCUAGAAACACGUCGGUGACCAGUCAGUAUUAGAUUCCAUCCUGCAGAACCGUACCUUCCCCUCCUAGCUUAACUUACAUGGAUUGCCUAAGGGUUUGUUUACAUGGAGGUGGGGAACCCCAGCUUAGGAAGGGCUAAAUAUUAACCCUCCUUUACAUGCAAUCUUACAACCCCGCCAUCCCGGGGUGCAUUUUCUCAAGAUUGUUGAAUGGUCGUUAAGCACUUAAACAGGAAAAAUGCUGGCAAACCAAUUGUUUUGGCGAUUAAUACUCUUCCACUCUUAAGUUGCUGCUCUUGCUGCAACCUUCAGCGCCGUUGCUUUCUUUUGUUACCUUUAAUAAUGAUGCAAAACCACCGCCAAAGUGAAUUUUGCACGAAUUUGAUGUUUCACGAAUCUCCCCCCUGCUAGGCUGGUUACUUCACCUAGCCUUGAACGUUUGCACAUGGCAAAAUUUGACCCCGGCUGAGAGCGUUACCCUGUCUGUUAGACCUGGUAACCCGCUUUGGCGGGUCACCCCAUUCAUCAUGUAAACGAGAUUAAAUUAAAAUGAGAGAUUAUAUGGACAGGCGGGCUACCUCACCUACCUACGUCUCUUCAAAUGUCUACUCUUCUUAUCUUUUUCUAAGUACUAAGUCCCUUCAAGUUUUUUAGAAAAAAAAAAAGGGAGAUUGAAUGGGGCAUAAGCAGGUUCCGAACCCGCGGUCACACUCACUCCAUCGACAUUGCGGCGGUUGGUUUCCAAUGAAUGGCAAAUAACCGUUUUGAUCCACUCGAUUUUUCCCUUGGAAUCCUUAACAAUUUUUAUUCUGUUUGUUGUCUUUAAUUUAGUUAGAUUGGUUGGUUGGGGUAAUGUUACAUCCCAAGGUCGAGUUGAAGUGUUCUACAAAGGAUCCAGGAGAGAAGUUUGCGGUAGCAACUGGGAUAUAAAGGAAGCAAACGUGGUCUGCCGUCAGCUUGGGUUUCAAGGAGCUGUGGCAGCAGCUACAACGGCAUCAGAUUCCUCCUUUAUGUAUAGCGUUCAGUGUGAUGGAAAUGAGACGUUAUUAACGGAGUGUGACCUAACGCCUAGAACCUGGUGCUGGCCUAACAGGGCGGCU